AUGACCUGGCAAGACCUCGCCGCCAAGCAAAAAGCCCAUGUCUCAGAUGCCAUUCCCCCAGAAUGGCGGCUGAAGACAAUCCCUUCGACCGACUCGGUCAUGUCUGUCCCCAAAGAAAGCGGCAUCCUCACUGAACAAGAGCUGGCAAUCACGGAGUCGUCCGCUGCAGAUCUAGUGAAGAACUUGGCGUCUGGGAAAUUGUCCUCUGUGGCCGUCACAACGGCCUUUUGCAAGCGGGCUGCCUUGGCCCAUCAGCUAGUCAACUGUCUCCACGCCUUCCUCCCUGACUUCGCGCUGGCCAGAGCGAGGUACUGCGAUGAUUACUUCGCCAAACACAAGAAACCCAUUGGUUCACUGCACGGGGUGCCCAUCUCUUUGAAAGACCAAGCUCGGAUCAAAGGAUCUGAAACAACCAUGGGAUAUGCCGGAUGGAUCGGCAAAAUCGACCAACACAACUCUGUUCUGAUAGACCUACUUGACAAGGCUGGAGCCUCUUCUAUGUCAAAACGAAACGUCUUUGGCCGCACUCUAAAUCCAAGGAAUAAGAACUGGUCGUCUGGAGGGAGCUCCGGUGGCGAGGGCACCAUCAUUGGAGGUUCCAUCAGGACUCCAGCAGCCUUCAACUUCCUAUAUGGCCUUCGCCCCAGCCACGGGCGGCUGCCAUAUGCCAAGUUGGCGAACAGCAUGGAGGGCCAAGAGACGAUCCAUAGCGUAUGCGGGCCUCUUGCGCACUCGGUUGCAGAUUUGAGGCUAUUCACAACAGCUGUUCUUGAGCAUCAGCCGUGGAACUUUGACUCCAAGGUUGUCCCUAUGCCGUUGCGACAGGGUGAAGCAGAUGCUGUCAAGGCAAAGGUUUCCGCCAGUGGCCUGACGUUGGGAUAUUAUUCCUGCGAUGGGAAUGUGCUUCCACAUCCUCCUGUUCUCCGGGUCGUGCAAACAGUCGUGGACAAACUCAAAGGCGCAGGCCACGUCGUCCUCCCUUGGGAGCCAUACAAGCAUCCUUAUGCGGUAGACCUGGCAAACCGUGUCUAUGCAUCAGACGGUGGCGCCGCAAGACAGUUGAUCCGAUUCUCAUCUAUCCAAGCCGUCAAUACAUUGACUGCUUGCCUAGGAUAUCCAUUCCGCACUUAA